AUGAGUUACGAGAACUCCGUCUACCUGGCCAAGCUGGCCGAGCAGGCCGAGCGUUAUGAGGAGAUGGUCGAGAACAUGAAGGCCGUCGCUUCCGCAGACCAGGAGCUCUCCGUUGAGGAGCGAAAUCUCCUGUCCGUCGCCUACAAGAACGUCAUCGGUGCCCGCCGUGCCUCGUGGAGAAUCGUCACCUCGAUCGAGCAAAAGGAGGAGUCCAAGGGCAACGAGACCCAGGUUUCUCUUAUCAAGGAGUACCGCCAGAAGAUCGAGGCCGAGCUUGCCAAGAUCUGCGAGGACAUCCUCGAGUGCCUGGAUGGACACCUCAUCCCCUCCGCUGAGAGCGGCGAGUCCAAGGUUUUCUACCACAAGAUGAAAGGCGACUACCACCGUUACCUUGCUGAGUUCGCCGUUGGCGACAAGCGCAAGACCUCCGCAGACAAGUCCCUCGAGGCAUACAAGGCUGCCACCGAAGUUGCCGCUCAGAACCUUGCUCCUACCCACCCCAUCCGUCUCGGUCUUGCCCUGAACUUCUCCGUUUUCUACUACGAGAUCCUCAACUCGCCCGACCAGGCUUGCCAGUUGGCCAAGCAGGCUUUCGAUGACGCCAUUGCUGAGUUGGACACUCUCUCCGAGGAGAGCUACAAGGACUCGACUCUCAUUAUGCAGCUCCUCCGGGACAACCUGACCCUCUGGACAUCUUCCGAGGCCGAGCCUGCUGCCGACUCCGCUGCUGAGCCCGCGACCGAUGCCCCCAAGGCUGAGGAGGCACCUGCUGAGACCAAGGCAUAA